AUGCAGCACGGCAAGCCUCCCCGCUUCUUAUAUGCGCACCCCUUCCCUCUCAAACUCCCCCCAAAGCCCAAACCCAAACCACAGUCGGCGCAAAGUCCCGAGGCUUUUCCACGUCCAAAAGCCAUGUUCCGCCAAUCCUCCUCCUCCUCCCCGUCCUCCUACAGCGACGCCCUCAUGCACCACCACGCCGCGCUGUCCGUCACCGUCCCGGCGCAGAUCCCCCGGGCCGGCGGGUACCUCGACGGCGGCGGCAAUGUUGGCGCCUUCUCGUCGCCGCCGUCGUCCUGCUACUCCUCCUCGCUCCCGUCGUCGUACUACAACUACAACAGCAUCCAGAGGAGCAUCAGCUCGCACUCGCUCCCGAUGCACCUGCAGCUGGCCGACGUGUCCCUCGGCGGCGUCGGCGGCGGCAGCGGCUUCUACUCGCCGUCUUCGCCGUCCACGCACCAGCUGACGACGCUGCCGCCGCUCUCGUCCUCCCCGUCCUCCUCCGGCGAAUUCUUUGAGUUCACCUCGUCGUGCCCCGUCCGCCGCGUCUUCAGCACCGGCGAUCUCCAGGGCAUGAACGGGUCGUCGCCGCCGCGCCCGGUGCCGUCGGGCGACGGCUGCGGCCAGGAGGGAGACGGGCCGUUCUCACAGAAGGUCGGCCGGUACAGCGCCGAGGAGAGGAAAGAGCGGAUCGAGCGCUACCGUGUCAAACGCCACCAGAGAAACUUCAACAAGAAGAUCACUUACGCCUGCAGGAAGACGCUGGCCGACAGCCGCCCGCGGGUGAAGGGCCGGUUCGCGAGGAACGGCGAGACCGACGCGGAGGCCGAUGAGCGCGAGGCGUCCGACAACAGCUACGAGUACGGCUGCAGCCACAACGAGCUCAGCAGCAACGGCAACACCUACAGCGCGGGCAGCUGCUACGACGCCCACUACAGCAACAGGCUGAACGGCGCCGGCGGUGGCGGCAGCAACGGCGCCAUCUCAGCAUUCAGCAGCGCCGGCGACAAUGGCGAGUGGUGGUGGCGGGCGUCCGGUGCCGCGGCCGCCGCGGCUGACGAGGCGCAGCGGCAGCGGCAGGUCGGCGUCGACUACGAGGACGAGCUCUGGGCGACCCUCGGCGACAUGCUGCCGGUGAACCUGGCCUGGUAG